AGCCGCGCUCAUUCCCACCCGAGAGUUUGCGCAGUCAAGUCGCUCCAGUCAGGACCUCCGGCGAGCAGCAACCCACAGUGCUUAGACCCUGAAGGAACUUCUUAGUGCGCGAAGUGUCCCGAACCAGAGCAAGAUGGCCGACAGUGGUAUCAAGCGCAACAUCCCGAUCAAGCUCGGCGACUUCAGCGUCAUCGACACCGAGUUCUCCAGCAUCCGCGAGCGCUUCGACGCGGAGAUGAGGAAGAUGGAGGAUGAGAUGUCGCGUUUCCGCAGCGAGCUGAUGAACCGCGAGAGCAACAACAUCUUCAAGAGCACCACUAGCCGGCAUCACACGAGCAGCAGCGAACACCGCACGACGACGUCUACGACGGGGGGUUGGGACCUGGGGGACUCCGCAGCACCCCCGAAAAGGUCCGCCUUCGACAGCUUCAAAAGCACCACCACGCACCAGAAGUCCUCUCAGAACUCCUCCCUCAGCCCUCAGGACUCCCACACGUGGCUCGAUGGACUCAACAGUCCUCUCAUCCAGGACGAGGGGAACAGCAAGACGCUGAAGCUGCGGUUCGACGUCUCCCAGUACACGCCUGAGGAGAUCGUCGUCAAGACUGUGGACAACAAACUCUUGGUCCAUGCCAAGCACGAGGAGAAGACGGAGACCAAGUCGGUGUACAGAGAGUACAACCGGGAGUUCUUGCUGCCGAAGGGGACGAAUCCUGAGAGCAUCAAGUCCUCUCUGAGCAAAGAUGGGGUCCUGACGGUGGAGGCUCCCCUGCCGGCCAUCGGCUCCGGGGAGAAGCUCAUCCCGAUCGCGCACACAUAAGGACCCUAGGUCCUGUCGAAAUUCUCCUUUCCCCAUCCUUCCUCCAGAAUGCCGCACUCGAGGAAAAGAAAAAAGUCAACCCGGUUAAAUUAACGAUGAGCAAGACCUAACGCUAGAAAAACCCUUAAGUUCCAAAACUACCGAACAAAUAGGAAAUUCGAUUUCCUCGGAAAUUCUCUUCGUAAUCGACGGAAGAAAAGUUAUUAAAAAUUAUUAACGCAGUCGGGCCAAUUUAACGGAGAUAUCGUGAUAUCUUGGCUUAAUCCGAAAUAUGGAGAGCGUUUAAUUAUCCGGGAUUCUGACUUUUUUUUUUUUCCCCCGAGCGGGGAUAAUCGAUCGCGUGGAUCGCCGUCUUCGAGGACCUUCGUCAGGAGCUUCGCAGCGCUUCGACCAGAAUUCGGCAUAAUUUCGGGCGACCAUGGGCCAGACUCCUGGUUGCACUCUUCCUCGAGGAGGAUGUUCCCGAAGAGACCGGAGAGGAUCCCUCGACGGUCAGGGGUGCGACCCAGGAUGCGGCCGGGCGAUGAUAUUUUUGUACGCUGCAAUAGAGAAAAUGGAUUUAUUUGCCGUUAAGGAGAGAGAAAAAAAAAAUAAUAAGAAGAAACAAAAUACAUUUUCGUUUUCCUUGCCGGAGUUCUUGGCUCGCACUUUUCGCGGCCUGAGCGCACAAUCGAAAGUACUUUGUAACUCGGCGACAUCAGUCCUUCGAGAUUUACUCCAGCGAGAGGAGUUAAUUUGUAUCGUACUUUGUAUUGUACUUUGUACCCGCGCAUGUUGAAAGUCAUCAAUUAAUUCGUUAAUCAACGGAGAACGUGAGACGCCUAACGGACGGUCGAAUGGGAAAGGAUUAUUUGUAAAACGGUAACUUAUGUACGUGUUAGAUUAGGUGUACACGUUAAAAGACUAAACAAAAACACGAUGCCUAGCAUAUGUAAGCAUUAUAUUAUUAAUAUUAUUUAUGAAUAUUUUAAUAUUCUCGAGGAGAGAAAGAGCGCGCGCAUAUGUUUAAAAAGGAUACGCAGGAGAGCUGGACGAUAUUAAAUAAAAAGUCUACUUGUAUAUCAAGGGU